UGCACUUUACAGUCUGUAUUUCAUCAGAAAAAUACUUACAGUUCUCGUCGUAGUGCUGCAAAGCGAAAGCCAUAAAAAAGAAGCUCGCUCUUUUUCUAGGUUUUGCUUUUGAAUCUGAAAUCUCUAACUUUUCUCCCUUUUCUUUUCCCUUUCGUUUUCUUGGCUUCCAAACACUCCUAAGUAUAAUUCUAAAGCGAGCCAUGAAGUUAACAAUCUGUAAGAUCUAAUAAGAAAAUAUAAGCACUAAAAAAGGAAGGCCGAGUUAGCUCGGUGAGUCAAAGGAAAAGUGAUGAUGCCAAGGCAAAACCUGGGCAACAUUGACAUGGAAAAUUUACUCCCUGGAAAAAUCAGGAAACGAGGGUGCUCAUCUUCAGCUUCGUCGUCGUCAUCCAUAAUCCAAAACUACAGAUUCAAGAGAGCGAUUUUAGUUGGUAGCAAAAGGGGUGGAUCCACUACGCCCGUGCCUACGUGGAAGCUGAUGAUGAGAUCGCCAUCAACGGCGUCAAUGCUGAGAGCUGCAGAGUCUCCUAGGAAUGCGGGAUCACAAAGUAGGAGCAAAUUAAAAGGGCAAGGGCAGGGACAGCAGCAGCAGCCGGUUUCGGCGAGGAAGCUGGCGGCGACGCUGUGGGAAAUGAAUGAGAUACCGUCGCCUAGAAUAAAGGAAGGGGGCGAGGAGAGUCGGAGGAGGAAAGAAAGGAGAGAAAGAGGGGCUGCUAGGUCGGUUCAUUCGGGUUCUUUGCCUCGUCACUUGUCUGAUCCUUCUCAUAGCCCUGUUUCUGAGAGAAUGGAUAGAUCUGGAACUUGUAGUCGCCAGAGAAGAGCAUCCUCUGUUUCCCACAAGCUUAGGCUUACAGACCAUAAUGGUUGGGUAUUGGAUUCUAUUAGUAACGCCAGUUUAAUGGAGAUUGAAACUAGAUCUCAUGCCCAGACUCCCAUGGGAUCAACUGUUGGUGUUAAGACUCGUUUGAAGGAUGUUAGUAAUGCCUUGACAACAUCCAAAGAACUAUUAAAAAUUAUCAACCGCAUGUGGGGUCAUGAAGAUCGUCCCUCAUCAAGUAUGUCCCUUAUUUCAGCCUUACAUGCUGAGUUAGAGAGAGCUCGUCUGCUAGUCAAUCAGCUGAUCCAAGAGCAACGCUCUGAUCGGUAUGACAUCAACUAUUUGAUGAAGUGCUUUGCCGAAGAAAAGGCAGCAUGGAAAAACAAGGAGCAGAAAGUUGUUGAGGCUGCUAUUGAGUCAAUUGCAGUUGAACUUGAGGUGGAGAGAAAGCUUAGGAGACGCUUUGAAAGCUUAAACAAGAAGCUUGGGAAAGAACUAGCUGAGACAAAGACAUCUCUUCUGAAAUCAGUGAAAGAACUUGAGAGUGAGAAAAGGACAAGGGUAGUAAUUGAGCAAGUAUGUGAUGAACUAGCCAGGGAUAUCAGUGAAGAUAAAGCUGAAAAGGAAGAGCUGAAGAGAGAGUCUGCAAAAGUUCGUGAAGAGAUCGAAAAGGAAAGAGAGAUGAUGCAGUUGGCUGAUGUGUUGUGUGAACAGAGAGUUCAAAUGAAACGCUCAGAAGCCAAAUAUCAUCUUGAGGAGAAAAAUACAGCUGUUGAUAAAAUGAGGAACCAACUUGAAAAUUUUCUAGGUACAAAAAGAGUUAAAGAAACAGGGCGUGGUUCUCUAAAUGAACCUAUCAGUGAGGAGAUUUCUGCCUAUUUAAACAGAGCCCAUUUUUGUUCCCAUCCUAGUGAGGAAAAUGAACAGGAUGGAGAAGUUGAAGAUGUUGUAGUAUGCGAAGAAGACUCAGCUGAAAGUGACCUUCAUUCCAUAGAAUUAAAUAUGGACAACAACAACAAGAGCUACAAGUGGGCUUAUGCUCCUGAUGCUGCUUGUGAUUCAAGAGAUCCGCUAAUAAAUGAAGAAGACAUUACAGGUAGAAAAUCAACCUCCAGCAGAUUACCAAGGAGGAGUUCUCUACAAAGGAGCAUAUCAGAUGGAGUUGAUUGGGGCAUGCCAAAUGGAAGGCUUCAAAAUUCUGGUGAUGAUCUAGAGUGGGGUAGAUUUGCUCAACUGGAGAAGCAAGUAGAAGCAAAAAGUUAUGGAGAUGAAGUGCAUGGAUAUAAAGCUGUAAAGGGUCUUAGGGAACAUCUUUUAUCCGGUUCUAGGGCAGGUAGAGUUUAUGCUAGUUCGACACGCUCUUCAAGAGAUCUCGGCAAUGUAGCUCAAGAGAGGCCCCCUUUGGUGCCUGGUAGUGUUCUGAAGUCAAGGUUGGCAGAAUCCAGGGGUGAAGCCAAUAAUGCUAGAAAAUCAAGAUGGUAAGAUUAAGUAUGGGUUCUUUCACUAUUCUCUAGCGCCUCUCAACUAGCAAGAGUAAACUCUGGAUGCGUGGAAGUAGUUUCAGAUCAAGCUUGUUAGAUGCCUACUGCAAGAAGAUUUGGAUGGAAACGAGUUUCCCAUUUUUUGUUCAUUAAUGCUUUGUGUGAUGCCUCUAGAGGUGCUCUAAUUGCAACGAUCGCUGCUUGAUAUUCACCAGCAUCUAGUUCAUCGAUAGGAUUGAGCAUCUUUUGUAGAGCCUUUUUUUUUGUCCCCUUCUUAAGGAGCCUGUGCUAAUUGAACCAGUUUUACCUUGUACAAAAUCUUAGUAUAACUGAAAUGUAAAAUAUGCCAGAAAGUUUUCAAAAUUUGC